UUAUAAUUUUAUGGCUAUGUUGAAAAAAACAACAUGGCGGACCGACGGAGUUCAAAUUUGUGAUCUAAAUUGUAGUUUAUUUUGUGUGUAGUGUAUAUUUCUAUUAUUGUAGACUAAAAACUUUUAUAGAAACAUACAUAGUGACACAAAAUACAACAUAUGGUGAAUAACGUGGUUGAUAAUCAAUGAAAUGUCGUUCCCGCCACGGCCGCCACUUGUGCCGUACGGGAUCGCACCAGGAGUGGUCACAAUGUCGAUGCCUACACAUGUGAUGGUAGGCGCGUACGGGGCGAGCAGUGCGGGCGGGCGCAGCGCCCUGCUGCCCGCCCCCAGCGCGGCGGCGGCGGGGGCGGCGGGCGGCAAGGCCGUCAUCUCGCGCGGGCCCACGCGCAACGCUAACGGCGCCAAGGAGACGGACGGACCGCCCGUCACUGUGUUUAUUGGUAACAUAUCCUCCCGAGCGCCUGACGCGAUGAUCCGCGCCCUCCUCACCGCUUGUGGGCCCGUCCUCAGCUGGAAGCGGGUCUCCACGUUCGGGUUCAGCGAGUUUGCGAACCCGGAGGCUGCGCUGCGAUGCGUCCGUCUGCUGAACAACAGACCGCUCGCUGACAAGAAAUUGUUAGCACGGACAGAUGGCAAGAUGCAGGCGCUUGUAGAUACUUAUAAGACGGAGCAGCGUUCCAAAAUGGAGGAGGGUGGUGGGGGUGGUGGCGGCGCAGGCGCAAGUAACAGCAGCGGCGAGGACGCGUCGUACCUGGACGCCCGCCAGCGCGCGCUGGACGACGCGGCGGGGCGGCGCCUCGACCAGAUCGUGCGCGACUACCAGCACGAGAUCAACAACUACGAGACCAUACAGAAAGAGGAGGCGAUAUCAAAAACAGCGCGAGUCCUCGAGGAGGCUGACAUCUCGGAGGAGAAACGCGACGUGAUCCACCGCGAGAUCGGCAAGUUCCGCGAGAGCAUGAAGGAGGAGGCCGACGUCGUCGUGCGCCGCAAGAGGGACGUCAAGGACGAGCCGCGCGACAAGGACCGCGAGCGAGACCGCGAGCGCGACCGCGACCGCGAGCGCGACCGCGAGCGCGACCGCGAGCGCGACAAGGACCGGGAGCGCGACCGCGAGCGAGAGCGCGACCGCGAGCGGGACAAGGACAGGCGCCGGCGCAGCGUGUCCAGGACAAAGGAACGUCGUGACGACCGUGACAAGGACAGAGAACGCGAACGCGAGGAGAGGGAGCGGGACAGAGAGAGGGAGAGGGAACGCGAGAGGGAGCGAGAGAGAGAAAACAGAGAAAGAGAACGGGAAAGAGAGCUCCGGGAAAGGGAGAGGGAACGGGAGAGAGAAAGAGAAAGAGAACGUGAGCGCGAACGCGAGCGCGACCGCGAACGUUCUCGCGAACGUGACCGCGACCGAGAGCGCGAACGCGAGCGUGAUCGCGAACGUGAUCGUUCGCGCGGACGCAGUCGCAGCGAGGCCGACUCGCGACGGGAGAAGGAACUCGAGGAGGAAGCGAGAGAGAAGAAGAGAUUGGAAAAGAAGGCCAGGGAGAAGGAGGCCGCUUAUCAGGAGAGGUUACGCAACUGGGAGGGACGCGAGCGACGCAAGGCGAAGGACUACGAGAAGGAGAAAGAGAGGGAGCGCUGCCGCGAGGAGGAGCGGGAGAAGGAGGCCAAGCGGCUGAAGGAGUUCCUCGAGGACUACGACGACGAACGCGACGAUCAUAAAUACUACAAAGCCAAGGAGCUGCAGCGACGCCUCGGCGCGCGAGUGAGGGAGGCGGAGAGCGACGCGCGCGAGAGGGAGAGGGAACAGGACGAGCUCGAUGCUCUCAAGAAGGAGAUAUUCGCCGACAAGCCGCUCGAUGAUCCCACCGCCACUGCCGCCUUCGAAAAGGCUAAACGCGAACAAGAAGAGUUGUACAAGCCGCGUUUACUGAUCGACGUGAGCCUGCAGGUGGAGCAGCAGAGGGAGAGAGAGGAACAGAGAGCGAGGCAGAGGGAGGAGGCGCGCAGGGAGGCUCGCGAGCGCUUGGCUCGGGAGAAGGAGAGGUACCUGCGGGCACAAGCGACCAGACAGCUACCCACCGAGGCUGAACCCAUCGACUCCGAUGACAGCGGCGGCGGCGCGGAGGCGGCGGCGGUGUCUCCGCUGUCGGCCUCGCCCGCGCGCGCCGCCUCCGAGCCGCCCUCGCCCGCCGCCACGCCGCCGCGCCACCACCGCCACCGCCACCGCCACCACCACGACCACCACCAGCCCACCACGCCCCGGGAACAGAGUCCAGACGGUGGGUCGACUCCCCCUCCGCCCACAACGACGACGCACACGCAUAGCGGCGCGUCUGCGAACAGUUCCCCCAUCACGAUAAGCUUCAAGAAUCACCACAAACAGAGUCCCGGCAGCAUCACCAACACGCCGAACACGGACGCGCUCCGCGGCCGGCGCGCGCACGCCGCCUUCAGCCUCGACGACGACGAGCACGAGCCCGCGCCGGCGCCGGGCAAAGAGAAAAAAGACAAAGACAAGAAGAAAGGAGAACCAGGGUCUGACAAGGAGAGCAAGAGCGCCGAGGAGAAACGGAAGCACAUAAAGAGUCUCAUAGACAAAAUACCCACGCAGAAGGAGCAGCUGUUCCAGUACAAAUUAGAUACAUCGCAGAUCGACAAACCGCUAAUGGAGAAGAAGAUCAGGCCGUGGAUAAACAAGAAGAUCAUAGAGUACAUCGGCGAGCCGGAGCCCACGCUCGUCGACUUCAUCUGCAACAAGGUGGAGGCCGGCUCCGCGCCGCAGGGCAUCCUCGACGACGUUCAGAUGGUGCUUGACGAGGAAGCGGAAGUGUUCGUGGUCAAGAUGUGGCGGCUGCUGAUCUACGAGCUGGAGGCCAAGCGCGCCGGCCUGCACAAGUAACGCGCCACACACUCGUUUGUGACCAGUUGGACACUUAGCGUAUUCACAAACAAUACUAUAAGUACGCACUGUGCGCCUGAGCACUGUACGCAUGUUGGCAAUUACAUAGUUUCUUUUAGCCUUAUUCAGCUUUGUUUAUCGUUUAUCUAACAGCCAACUGUUUUUUUUAUCUUAGCCAAUCAUAGUGCCUAUGCCUACAGAUUGCGAAGUCUGUCAUGUCGAAAACAUUGACAAACAGACUUAUGGCAGUUUUGCGUAUUUAAGUAAUGCUUGUGAAUACGGGUCUUAGACAAUACAUAAAGGACGCGGCUUGAAUGAUCUUUCUUUUCUAAAGUAUGAGAUCGUAUGCUCACGCGCAGGUUUGUUAAAACUGUUGUAUAUGGCAUUAGUGUGUGUAAAACGGACAAAUGUUUAAGAUUUUCUUAUGUAUGCAGACAUAACUCAAAACUAUCACGUUUGAAGUGAUAAAAUUUUUAGUUCGCGGCAAUAAGUACUGCACCUGAUGGUAAGUGGAGUGGGGUCGAAUAGAAUGUCGACUGACGAGAGAUGAUUACCUCUUGGUACUAGACACAAUUAUGCCGGCCUGUUGGAGCCGGAUAUACACAGGCUGAUCCCGUAACGCGACACACUUACGUGGGCCACUAUGGCGGGUUAAAGUCCUGUGUACGGUGAUCUAUCUGGGCGAAUAUAAAAUAUACCUACCACAAACAAGAAACGUGGCGCAUCCUUUAUAAAUGGUUUAAGGUAGUUGACCGUAAAUUACGGAGGUGAUACGUACAAGUGACAAAUGUUUUAAAUUAAAAUACGGCAUCUAUUGUAUAUAAAAUUAAGUCAUGUGAUUAUAUCGCCUCUAGUGGAGAAUGCAAGUCAAUCUAUGCCGUGAAGUUGGUUGCGUUUUGCCUUCUGUACACCUAGCACGGAUACUGAUAGUAUUCGGUAAGUUAUUGUUUAAGUAAUAUUUUGUAUAGGAAUUUCAAUAGCGCCCCAGUGAGCGUAUUUAGAACUAAAAUUUGAGAGGACAUAAGCGCGUGUAAACUUUGAAUAUUAAAUCGUGUAGCCAUGGUAACAGCAAACUCAAAAUAUAGGAAUCGGCGAAUCAAUUUUUUGAUGCAGUGUUUUUGAAACUACUAUAGAGAUUUGUCUAAUAAGUAUGUAAGAACAAAUUUGACAAAUAUUUUGCUGGGAAGUGAAAUCGGAAUCGAGAAUUGCAAGAUAUAAGCAUAUCAGUUGAACAGACUGCCUGCCUCACAACAAAUAAUAAUAGUGAAUUAUUUACUUAAACAUUAACUUACUCGAUACUAAUUUAUGGCGCAAUUCUUUAUUCGUGCUAGGGGCACUGUUUAGUCUUUGGAUAUAUUUGUAACGUUUGUUGCUAACUUCAGUAGAAUGAUCAGAGAAGUGCCACGAGGCGGGCGCCACGGUGUAGUUACUCAAUUGACAUUUUAUUUUUAGUCUGUAGCCGCGUUUAUUUUGCAAAUUGACUGACGCUGACGAAAUCAGGACUUCGAAUAGCUAACAAUAAAGCAAUUAAAUAUAAUGUAAAAAUAAUCUGAUUGGUUGAUUUUCACGAUAGAUCCGAAGGUAGGAAUGCAGAACCUUGAAAUCGUCCGUUAGGAUCUAUAAUCCACAUAUCAGAGCCCUGCUUGUUCGGAUCCCUAAUCUAUGAGCUCAGUGACAUAUCUAAAUAAUGACAUGCGCUGCUCAUGCGCACGUAUCUCGGCAGAGGGAGCCACUUCCACUGGUCUUAGACGCAAUAGAAAAAUUAUGACAUUAACUUAAUGAAGUUAAGGUCCAAUAAUGACCUGCUUGUGUGUCGCAUAAAUAUAUUGAUAAAGGGUAGACGAAGACAAUUGUAUAUGUUUGUCCCCACCCUAUAAUUUAUGGAAGUAAAACCAUUCGUUCUCACAAUAUGGACUCUAAGCAAUUAGAAGGAAAGAAUGAAACGUUUAGCCGAUCAUAGAGAGUUAUGUCUGGUCAUACUGCACUGGCCAGUGUGCAGUGUUACUGUAUGGAUAGCAAAAUCCACAAUUCACAACUCAAUGUUUUUGUGAACUGUACUGAUGUUAUUUGUACGAAUUUCCUAUGUAUUUCAAUAAUAAAGCUGUAUUCAUUUUUGUGUUGUCACACGGAUACUGUGCGCGUACGCGGUUUUGUCAUAUUUAUUUAUAUAUUGUAUAUAAUAAAUGUGGUAAUUAAUGUAUUGAUGUACAUUUUGAAGGCUCUAGACCCGCUUCAACAAAACUGAGACUGCAAUAUUUAAGGUUCAUUCUUUUAGCUCAUCCGGUCUUCCAUUCACAUGUUCGGUCAUUCGUUCCUCUACAGUCUACAGAAUGUAUGUCGUUUAGUUUUGACGCAACAAUGGAGUACGCGCGGUUGUGAUUGUGUGUGAGUGAAUGAAUGAAUGAUUGUAUGGAGAUUGUUGCGUACAUUUAGUGUAACGUUAAGUUUAAUUACCUCUUAGUUGAUAUAAAUAAAUAUUAUUACUACGA